GGGAGAGGCCGACAAAAUGUAUAUGAAGAAAAAAGAAGAAAAAAAAUUUACCGAGCAUUUGAACGAUGGCUACGAGUAGUGCGUUACCAACUCGUCAUUCAAUUACUCAUAACUAUUUACUUUCGGGUAUUUUAAUUUAAUUAGUCACGUUUUUGCACUUCAGUUAUUAUUCUAAUUAUUAAUUUUUUUGCUAAUAAGAGGGGGUAAUUUUUUUUUAAUUAAAUACCGGUUAGUAACCGGUAGUAAAAAUUGAAAGACGGAUCAUCAAGAGCAAGAUAGCAGUCUCGGAGAAGACUUUUUUCCGGCGAUGGACCUCAAGGCCGAAGAUGAUGAGAAUGUCGUCGAAACACGUGAACUUUAUUUAGUGAAUGCGAAUAAUCCGCGAGAUUCUUUAGUGUCGACGGACGUUAUUGUCAGUGAUAACGGUAAUGAAGACAUAAAUAAUGACUUGACAUCGAGUACUAUCGCGGGUCUGAUGGCUGGACAAUCGGCCGUUUGUUUCCCCACUAAAUUCACAUAUGAUUUUUCACCGAGCCCUGGUAGUGAAGAACGUCAUCAAAUAACAAUUGGUGUUGGGAAAAGAAAACAACGAAGAUAUCGUACAACAUUUACAAAUUUUCAAUUAGAAGAACUAGAGCGCGCAUUUCAAAAAACACAUUAUCCAGAUGUUUUUUUUCGAGAAGAACUUGCACUGAGAAUACAAUUAACUGAAGCUAGAGUUCAGGUAUGGUUUCAAAAUCGUCGAGCUAAAUGGCGUAAGCAAGAGAAACAAUGCAAAGUCGGUAUGUCAUCACAUAUAACGGAAACUUGUCAAGAAGUACAGCAACAUCAUCAACAGGCACAUCAUCAUCACCAUCACCAUCAUCAUCACCAGCAGCCACAGGGCACCGAUCAGUUAUUGUUGGAAGCUCCACUAGGCAGCCCUCCGCCAAUUUAUUUGGGUAUGGAGUGGGCGGGUUUUUCUCCAUUCACAAAUGUCACCACAACAUCACCGCUCAUUAUUAAUGGGUUAAAUAAACCACCAGAGAGUGAUGAUAAUCCACUUUUAGAUCCUGAUUUAUUGCAACUAAAAACACCGCGAUCAUAAGUGCACUUUUUUUUUACUUAUUAAUAAUUUUAUUUAUUUAUUUAUUUAAAAUAGUUUAAUCGUUGAUACUGAGGUUUAAGUAGAACUAAGUAAGACUCUAGUCAAAAUAAUUUUAUCUUAAGAAAUUUGUUUAGUAUACAAAAGAAGGUGAGAUAUAAUGGAGCAGUGCGUAAAUUUUUAAAAAUUAAUUAAUUUACUGUUGCAAAAAAUUUUGUAAUCAAUGAAAAUUGUUAUUUUAUUUAUUUAUAAUUGAAUAAAAAAAAUAGCUAUCGUAAAAAUGACAUAUUUUGUGUAAAAAAUUAUCAGCUUUCAGAAAAAAAAUUAUUUGAAUUUAUUAAAAAUUGAGGGUAAGGCCAAGAAACUUUUUCUUUAUUUUUAAAAGCUUCCGGUUAUUGAAAAUAAAAAAAUUAAUAUUUUUAUCAAAAGGAAUUUAAAAAAAAAAUUGUGGUCUUAAAAUGAAUCAGUGAAUUAUAAUAUAAAUAAUAGACUGGGCGAAAAAAUCGACUUUUUUUUCGAUACUGUGAAAAUAUUAUUUCUGAUGGGCAAAAAAAAUUAUUGUGCAAGUUUGAGCCCUUGAUAUUAAGAGGUGAAUCGUUACGACUAUUAGUUUUUUGACAGAAAUUACAUUUUUUACCCAAAACUCGUAAAUCAUCUAUCUGAAAAAUUUGAGCAAUGUAUUUUCUUAAAGGAAAUUGAAUUCCCUACAAAAAAUCUCUCUUAGUAAAUUGACGUAAAACGAGUUGUAACCGUGCCUUAAAAAUUGAUUUGUUUUUUAAAUUCUUUGUUUCUAUUUUUGAUUUUUGUAUCUACUAGAAAUAUUAAAAUUUUUUUUAGUCAAGAUACAUAUUCUUGAAGGAAAUUUAAUGCUCUACAAAAAAGGUCUCUUAAUAUUUUUUGCUAAAUUCACUCCUUCGAAAGUUAUUCAAGGUUGAAGUUGAGUCAAAACGACUUCAAUAACCUGAAUAACUUUCGAAGGAGUGAAUUUAGCGAAAAUUGUUAAAAGACCUUUUUUGUAGAGCAUUAAAUUUCCUUCAAGAAUAUGUAUCUUGACUAAAAAAAAUUUUAAUAUUUAUAGUAGUUACAAAAAUCCAAAAUAGAAACAAAGAAUUUAAAAAACAAAUCAAUGUUUUAGGCACGGUUACAAGAAAACAACUCGUUUUACGUCAAUUUACUAAGAGAGAUUUUUUGUAGGGAAUUCAAUUUCCUUUAAGAAUGUACAUUGCUCAAAUUUUUCAGAUAGAUGAUUAUCGAGUUUUGGGUAAAAAAUGUAAUUUCUGUCAAAAAACUAAUAGUCGUAAUGAUAAACCUCUUAAUAUCAAUAUUAAGGGCUCAAACUUGCACAAUAAUUUUUUUUGCUCAUUAGGAAUAAUAUUUUCACAGUCUCGAAAAAAAAAUAGUCGAUUUUUUUGCCCCAGUCUAAUAAAUAAAAAUAUUUUAAUUACUUAGCAAUAAAAAUAGUAAAUUACACGUAGAUAAUUGUCUAGACCCAAAGGCGGGUAGAAUGGCGCAUGCGCUAAUUUUUAUAAUUUUUUUUUUUCAUGAAAGACAGAAACAAUUUUCUUCCCUCUAAACAGGGCAGGAAUAUAAACGUUCGCCGCAGAUAUGAAGGAAAAUAAUUAAAAGUUUUCUCUUCACUGGCUCCGUAAUACGUCACCUUCUUCUAUAUAAAUAAUAAUAAUAAAGUAAUAUAAAUAUAAAUAUAUAACAGAUAAACAAAUAGAAUAAAAUAGUAACGUUUUCUUUAUUUCAAUGUGCAUAUAUUACAUUUUUUAAAUUGUUUAUUUUAUUUUAAUUAUUUAUUAUAAUUAAUUAAUUAAUCAACCGAUUAAUCAAUUAAAUAUUGUUAACUAAUCAAUUUGUAAUAUAAAAUUAAUUAAUUAA